CGCCCGCCCGAGGCCCCCGUUGUCCAGCGCGGGCGCCGGGGGCGGAGCUCGGCACCGAGGGAGACCGGGUGGCCGCGGCUGCGGCUCCGGCUCCGCGAGGUGGGGGCCGUCCGGGGCGCAGCCAGGCGGUCGCGAGCUCCGCGGGACACGUUCCGCCGCGCCCCGAGGCGGCGACAUGAGCGCCGCGGGGUUGCUGGCUCCGGCGCCCGCCCCGGCUGCAGCGCCGCCCGCCCCGGAGUACUACCCGGAGGACGACGAGGAGCUGGAGAGCGCCGAGGACGACGAGCGCAGCUGCCGGGGUCGCGAGUCCGACGAAGACACUGAGGACGCCAGCGAGACAGACCUGGCGAAGCACGAUGAGGAAGACUACGUGGAGAUGAAGGAACAGAUGUAUCAGGACAAGCUGGCGUCCCUGAAGCGGCAGCUGCAGCAGUUACAGGAAGGUACGUUACAGGAAUAUCAGAAGAGGAUGAAGAAGCUGGACCAGCAGUACAGAGAGAGGAUCCGGAACGCAGAACUCUUCCUCCAACUGGAAACCGAACAGGUGGAAAGGAACUACAUUAAGGAGAAGAAGGCAGCCGUGAAGGAAUUUGAAGACAAGAAGGUGGAGCUGAAGGAGAACCUCAUCGCCGAGCUCGAAGAGAAGAAGAAGAUGAUAGAGAAUGAGAAGCUCACCAUGGAGCUGACGGGAGAUUCUAUGGAAGUGAAGCCCAUCAUGACCAGAAAAUUGCGGAGGCGACCAAAUGAUCCUGUCCCCAUUCCAGACAAGAGGAGAAAACCGGCUCCCGCUCAGCUCAACUACUUGUUAACGGACGAGCAGAUCAUGGAGGAUCUGAGGACGUUAAACAAGCUUAAGUCACCCAAGAGGCCAGCUUCCCCGUCCUCUCCUGAGCACUUGCCUGCCACACCUGCAGAGUCUCCAGCCCAGAGGUUUGAGGCUCGGAUAGAAGACGGCAAACUAUACUACGAUAAAAGAUGGUACCACAAGAGCCAAGCCAUCUACCUAGAGUCAAAGGACAACCAGAAACUGAGCUGUGUGAUCAGCUCAGUGGGAGCCAAUGAGAUCUGGGUGAGGAAGACCAGUGACAGCACCAAGAUGAGGAUCUACCUGGGCCAGUUGCAGCGUGGGCUCUUCGUGAUCCGCCGGCGAAAAUUCUUAACUUACCGGGACUAGCUACUUGGCCUGGGACAUGGAGAGCGCUGUGGAGUCUUCAAAGGCACCCACACGGCCGGCCACCUCCAUCUCUGUCGCUCUCUCCUGCCUCGGCUUCUUCCAGAGUCAGUCACCAGAGACUGACUGUCGGGAGUAUGGGGGCUUCCUCCGCCUGCCUUUUAGUCCAUACUUUUUAUUUGAUUUUUUUGUUGUUUGUUUGUUUUUUUUUUUGUUUAUACUUGGUCCUUUUUUAAAACCCUCCUUUGAGUUUGAAGGGGAGCUCCUUUUAAUGAGUGUUUUGAGGUCUUUCUCCCAUGAGGAGCAGUGAGUGUGUUUUCCCGUCUGGAUCUGAUUGGUGGAUUGUGUGCCUGCUUCCCUAGUUAGGCCCGGAAGCGUGGGGCAGGAGAGCUCCCUUGGCUCCACCUUCUCGGAGAAAUAAAGGAUGUGUAACAUCUCA